AUGACAGGGAAGGAGGGAGUUGUGCUCUCAGACACUGUGAAUAGACAGAAAUCAGCCUCACAAACCAGCUUGAACCACGGGGGACCCCAGCAGCCAGUCUGGAAGAUGGCUCCCACGGUGCACCGGCGCACCGGCUUUGGGAUCCAGGAGCUGCUCGGCCUCAACAAGGAGCCGCCGGCGGCACCGAGGCGGCCGCUGGAGGCUCUGCCGCACAGUGCGCACAUCCUGGCCGCCAGGUCGGCCCUCGGACACGGGGGUCUCGGGGUCGGUGUGGGUUUGCUGGGACCAGAGGGAAUACACUCCUUUUACAGCCAGCCUGCUUUUCUGGAGGUGCUGGCAGAGGCGCAGAAUGUGCACCUGCAUCCGCUGCACAGAGCGGCGCACAUGGACCCGCAGAUGGAGGCGCAGCACUCCCCCAGCUCCGAUUCUGAUGACAUGAGUCUCUCCUCCGGUGAUCAGAAAUUCCCUAAAUCAUCAAUGAGUCAGAGCAAGAAACGAAAGAAAAGACGACACAGAACCAUUUUCACUUCCUAUCAGCUGGAGGAGCUGGAGAAAGCUUUCAAUGAGGCCCACUAUCCAGAUGUUUACGCCCGAGAAAUGCUCUCCAUGAAGACUGAGCUACCAGAAGACAGAAUACAGGUGUGGUUUCAGAACCGCAGGGCCAAGUGGAGGAAAAGAGAGAAGUGUUGGGGUCGCAGCAGCGUGAUGGCAGAGUACGGCCUCUACGGAGCUAUGGUCCGCCACUCCAUCCCACUGCCUGAGUCCAUCCUCAAGUCAGCCAAGGAGGGCGUCACAGACUCCUACGCUCCGUGGCUAUUAGGUAUGCACAAGAAGUCAGUUGAAACCACACACACCUCCCCUGGAAAACCCUGCAGCCUGACACCACCACCACCAGCACCAGCACCAACAACAACAACAACAACAACAACAACAACACAGGAGAAACCAGUAGACAAAGGGAUGCAGGAACAGACGGAGAAAUGGAUGAAAGACACUACUAACGCAUCCAUUUCUAAAGAGGAACUUAGGGAGAACAGCAUUGCUGCGCUGCGAGCUAAGGCGCAGGAACACAGCGCUAAGGUGCUGGGGACAGUUUCCGACAAAACAAACGACCACGUAACACAUAAAGAGGAAGCUGAGGACAAGAUGAUGGAGCAGGGAACAGCAGAGGUGGAGAAGAGUGACUGAAAGAAGCUGCAGGAUACAGACUGGUGGUUAAAAUACCUGCAGAGUGGAGUUUGCAAUUCAGAGGCAGAUGUUUCAUUGGUUGAGUUGAACCUCUGUGCAUGUGGAGUCAUAUCAUAGUCAUAAAUAAAUGAAUGAGAAAUUAUUUUCUUUAUCCACUUGAGCUUACCUGUCAAGGUAACCGAAGGUCAUUUGGCUCCAACGAUUGGGAUGUAAUAACUAAACCAAUGAGAUUAUUUCUUCCUCACUGAAAUUUGUGUGCAGCAAACUACACAACACCUUUUCAUGUCGCCUUCUGUAGGAGAAUGAAGAAGGCUUAAACAUGGAAACGUUUUUGUAUCAUUCACUGCAGAUGUUCAGAUAUGGAGCGGUGUCAAAAAUAUAUAUAUUUAUUUUCUUUAAAAUAGAUUGUUAACUAAUUCUAUGACAUGGCAGCUAUACUUUUAUGCAACAGCAAGAAUAACGAUGUUUUUGGAAGUAAGUCUCUUUUCAACAAGCAUCUCAAGCAAGAAAUUGAUUAAACCUGCUGGAGAGGUGUUAAUGAGAUGAAUGUGACCUCCCUGGGAUGAAUGAUUUAUUUUAGUUGAGUGACUAAAAAGCGUAUAUCAAGUCCCGUGAAAAGAUUACAAGCCUAAAUCUUUUGUUUUCCUUCAAAUGUGAUAUACUGUACAUACUGAAAAUAUUGUCCAAUAGACAACACUGUACUGUUAUGUACAGUUUACAUGAUCUGUGUUUGUCUCUGUAUACAUGUAACUGUAUAAGUGUAACUGGCCUAAUUAAAAGUUAUUGAUAUUUAAAGUCCC